AUGCAUUCGCGAUCGGUAUCAGGGUCACUAUCAACAACAACAAGUAGGCAGGGACAUGACGAGAUACAGAACGAACUCAUAUUAUUGAAUCAUAGUGAAGAAAUGUUACAGAACGAUGGACUGUGUGGCUACAUGAGAGAUGGUUGUGUUGUCGCAGGUCAAGAGUCUGGUAACAACAGUCAUGGUCAUGAUGUAUAUAAGAAUAUUGAAGUAAUUGAUUUUAAUACAUAUGUUAAUGGAGAAGAACAGUUUUUCUACAAUGAUAUUAGUUUAAACAACACAACAGAGAACAACAUUCUCUUUCAACAGUGUCUAUAUUGUUCAACAAUAGUGGAUGGAGGAUUUACAGUGUAUAACUACACAGAAAAAGUAUUUAAUAAAGAGUAUAUUGAUCUUUUUAAAAAAGGUUUUACCUUUGUCCCUAAUUUCAAAACUGAUAUAGGCCCAAAAGAAACAGUUGAUCUUUACUGUGCAUCAGAGAAACAAAAGACAAUGGAAGUCAUUACACCAAGUCCCUUCCAUUUCCACUCGAGUGGAGCAGCCUUUAAAAGAACAUCCCCACUGUCCCUUGAUAUGUUAGUAGAAGAACCAAAAAAGGGGAAUGCAGUGCCAAAUCACCUAAAGGAGACAAAAAUUUUUACUCAGAUUCAGAAAAACAAAAUCAUUCAAGCUCAACCUGCUAUACUACAUUUUGGAGGUUAUGAGAUACAUAAACGCCAUCAACAAAUACUGAAAUUGAUAAAUAUUUCUACAGAAGUAAUAAACAUCCAUGUACUGCCACCGCAAACAAAAUACUUUCAGAUCAAAUAUUCCAAAACACAUCGACUAGUACCUGGGUUAUCACUGAAUAUUACUGUUGAGUUCUUCCCAGAUGAAUGGCGGUAUUACUACGACAGUAUUGCCAUUCACUGUAAGGGAGAUGAAACUUUACUUAUUCCUGUGCAUGCAUACCCUGUGACGAAUGCAGUAGAUUUCCCAUCACACAUAAACUUAUCCGAUGUUGCACUUGGCCAGAGCAAAGAUUACAUCAUCCCACUGCAGUGCAGUCGUCCUGUGGACUUUGAGUUUCAUAUUAUUGUCACACAGUCCCAUCCUGCUUUCACUAUACAUCCUUCAUCAGGGCUCAUUCCAGCUAAUGGAACGGUGGAUGUGGUUGUUACAUUUACACCAUUUGAAUAUGGAACUGCACAGAUGAAAGUGCAGCUGUUGAUAUCACAAUUCAAUUCAAAACCAUAUGUCUGCACAUUUACUGGAACAUCGUCACCUUACUUGGCAUUAAGACAAGAUGGUAGAGAAAAUGUAGGGUUAUUCCAAAAACAGAAACUGGACAUUCAGCAAAAAACAAUGACACAGAUAUCAAGAAAAAAGCAACAACUGCAGCUAUUAAAACAGAAUACUUCUCCAAAAAGAAAGGAAAUUGAGUUUCAGAAUUUCAAAUUUCCAGUAGAUUUAUCAAACCCAUACAGUGUUGCCACUGUUCUCAAUCAGCAACCUGGCAAGCUUCGAGUGAAAGACUUGAAAGAAGGUAACAUAUUUGCACCAUAUAAUGUAUAUUUAAUAUGCAGUAUCAAAUACAGACAGUAA